UUUUCUGCACGGCGCACUAUACGUAACGGUCGUUCACUUGUAGUCGUCAUACUGUCAAGAUUAGUAAAGCAGUGUACUCUGAAAGCCUCAGUUAUCCAUCCUUCGUCAACGUGUCCUACUGAGCAGAAAAUGACUUCGACUAUUAAUAUAACCAGUGCCAAUGUUGACGCACUGCCGAGCAUAGCUGGAUUACCCGACUGGGAUGAGCUUCUUGCUCCGGCUCCCGUGGGAGUGGCCAUCGUGAGUCAACUCUUGAUCUACGCAUCUCAGUUGAAAAGUGAUUUCGCAUUCGUCCAGCACAGCGAUGACAAAGAGCGCUUCAAUGUAAUCAGAGUCCCAGACAGUUUCCGCACAACUAUGUGGCAAAUCGCCAAAGAAUCCUACGAAACCUUCGCCAAAGCUCACAACAUCAUGGAAAACUUUCUGUUGCAGACGGACCAAGUCCCUGGCUACGCCAAAGAUUGCGUAAUGUACGCAUUGAAUGUAAACAGAGAAAAUUUGAAGAAAUUGUUGGGCGAACGCCUUGUCAAGAUCAAAGAAGCGGCCGACGAUGGAGCCAGGCUGACAAAUCAAGUCUGUGAUGCUUUUGAUUUAUUGGAGCAGCUGAUCAAUCACGUCAUUGAAGCCUCAUCGCUAACCAUGAGUCAAAUAGAGAAAAAGCGUGCUUUCGUCGAUUUUGAGCAAUUGAUGAAGAUGGAAGUAAAAGAAAAAGGGGGAAUCAAAGAAGAUGAGAAAAUGCAGAAAGGAUUCGACCUUUGUCAAUUGGAUAUAAUUUCAGAUCAAAAUGAAACGCUUCGAAAAGUUUUGAAUGAUCUCGGUCAUCUACUUGCAAAGUGUUCGAGCAUCCAUCGCUUUUUCAAUACCAUCAGAAAUCACUUUAUGAAGGUAACAUUUCCAAGACUGAACGAAUUUACAACUGUUGCCGGAGAAACGCUGGUGGAUGCAUAUUCCAGCUUUUUAAUGGGUGAACUGAACAAGUCCCUAAAAGAUUUGGAAUCCUGCUACAAGACGCAUCACUCGGCCGCCAAACUCUACGUCCGAGUCUCAGACAAGCACAUCAUGAAGAGCAUCAAUCUCAUGCACUCGAUGCUUUCGAUUCCUCUCAGCGAGGUCGAGGGAGCUCAAAUCAAAUUGAUGGCAUCAUGUGAAGAAGCAACUAAAGGCAUUCAGGACAUAUACAACGAGGAGAGAGCGGAGGCAACACGAGAAAUAGAAAAGCAAAAUUCUAGCACUAUGGGAAAUAGUGAGCUUCUUUCCAGUUUAGUAUCGACCUGUCCUCCGCAAUCGACAAACAAUUGAAACGCUCAACCCAAACCUGGAACUGCUGUCCAACCCAGACAAGAAUAUUUUCGCCCUUUAUUCUAACUCAAAUUACGUUUCCCAUUUUUGUGAUUGUAGACAAAGAAAAUAAAAUCAAUGUUUUGCUCGAGA